CCGUUAAAUACCAGGAAGUUGUAAACAAAGCUGACAGCUAUUUAGUUAGCUGUUAACUACAUCCGAAUGGAUGCAGAGCCAGUCGUGUAAAACAGGCUCGUUGUUCGCCGAUAUCGUGUAUUUAUCAAUAAUAUAGCUAAACAGUUUCUUGUAAAUAGACAUCGUUUCGCGGAAAUAUAUAUUUUUCCGUGCGUUUGUUCAACAAGCUGACGUUAGCUGCCUUCCGUUUUCUCGUUAGGAAAAGGCUAACGUUUGCACAAGGACGUUAGUGCUAGCUUUAACGCUUGCGAAGUUAACGUCCAAUUUAUUAAUUAUUAUCCCGAAUUGAACUAGCGAGCGACAUUAGUACCCGAUUCUUGGUUUUUCUGCUGCAUUGGCUGUCUGGGAGCAGAAAGAGCGAGAGAGUUCGUCCAUUUCAGCAGGACAACAAUGUCUACAUCGAACGCUAAUUUCAAAAACAAGUGUGUGACCCAGGUGAACUGCACAUUUUGUGACAGUCUUCUCUGCACAAGAGGCAUGAAAGCAGUGCUUCUUGCAGACACUGAGGUUGAGCUUUUUUCGACUGAUAUUCCUCCCAAUAGAACUGUUGACUUUGUGGCCAGCUGCUACUCUACUGAAAGCUGCAAAUGCAAACUGAGAGACAUCGCAUGUCUCAAGUGUGGUAAUGUUGUGGGCUAUCAUGUUGUGGCCCCCUGUAAACCCUGCUUGCUCUCCUGUAACAACGGCCAUUUCUGGAUGUUCAACAGCGACGCUGUAUCUACUCUCAACAGGCUGGAUGCGACAGGUCUGAAUCUGCUCCUGUGGGGAGAUCUUCCCGAACUGGAUGACAGUGAGAACGAAGAUUUAGAAAGCCCAUCGGAGGAGGAGUGUAUUAGGUAGAGAGGGAAACGGACAAUGUGAGAGACCUGGAAUGCCAACAUUUGAGGCUGAGCUAGAAGAGUGUACAAACCAUGCUUGAGAUAAGAGAGAAAAGAGAUGUUUUAAAGGGUAAUUUAAUACUGAAUCAAGCAGGGCAGAAACGUGCUGCUGCAUUAGUUGACAACUGAAACCAUGGUGCACAUCUGGCCGCAGCCCAAUCAGGGACGUCACAGCAGGUGUUUUGCCUUUGCAGCUGAUGAAGAAAGCACCUGCUGUGACACAACUGAUUGGGCGUGGCCAGAAACCAAACAUGCUCCAGAGUUAGAACCCACAGAGAACAGUGCAGCACAAGUUUUUGGCCCUAUGUAAUUUAGUGUUGAAUUACACUUUAACCUGUGACCAUGUCUUUCCCCAUCACUGAUAAAAGCACAGGCGCACAAUGUCA